AUGACUCUUCCAAAUGCAGUAAGUAUACAAGAUGACCAUAGCUUAAUCCUAAUAUUGGAGAAACUAACACCAAAGGUUAAAGAGUUCAAUAAAAAAAUCAAUAUAAAUAUAGGCAGUGGUAAGAGAGAUAGUUUAUUAAUCAGAAAACAAAUUGAAGACACAAUAAUUACACCAUGUAUGGAAAUAAUAUCAAAUUAUAAAACCCAGCGGCAGCAGCAACAAAAUAAUGGAGUAACUAAUUACAAUAGUAAGUUAAAUAAAGAUAUAGAAACUUUAAUUCAAGAAUAUGAGGUAUUGCUGAAAGAAUACUAUAAGAAAAAGUUACAGUAUCCUAUUUAUAAGGAUAACAAUGGUACGACUACUGUUAUUCAUAGCUCUGAUAAUAAUCAAAAUUCGACUUCUAUCAAUAGCAGUAAUAAUGCUAAUAACCUUAUAAUCGUGAAUGCUAAUGAUAGAAGUGAAAAUGAUGGUUAUAUAUCUAUGCCGCUUGCUGAUGAGGAUAAACCAUUAUUAUCAACAAGUUCUAGUGGUAUGGUUCCUCCUAAUCAUAAAAAUUAUCAAUCCCAACAACAAUUAUUAAUACAAGAAGAAGGAGAGCAACAACAACAGCAAUCAUUUGAUAACAUUGAUCAAGAACAAGUUGAUUUCCAUCAAUUAGUAGUUACCGAACGUGAUACACAAAUGGAUAGAAUACAUGGACAGGUUAAAGAGGUUAAUGCUAUUUUUCAACAACUAGGCAGUAUCAUCAAGCAACAAGGAGAACAAGUUGAUGAUAUUGAAAAUAAUAUUAAUAAUUUUAGUGAUAAUGUACAAAAUGCUUCAGCAAAGUUGGUUAAGGCUGAAAAAGUUCAAAAAACUGGGAACAGAUGUAGGAUUAUAUUAUUGAUUGUGAUUGGUAUGAUUGUAUUAAUCAUUCUUCUAGCGGUGUAA